AUGGCGACCGAACCGACGUCAGCGGACGUCGCUCAGUUCUGCGAAAUUACCAGCCUCGACCCCGUCCUGGACCGCAGUUUGGUGAUCUCCGCCCUCAAGCUUAUAGGUGAAUAUUACGAGGGCUCUGAUGCGUUCCGAAGGAAGUACACCUGGGACGACACUGCUUUCGGCGCCGGUCGCGAGGGGGAGCCAAAUAAUACGGGCAUAGCUUUCAACAUCGAAGCACCCGACAAUGCCGUUAUCCAAGGCGUUACCCCUCCGCCUGACGGCUUCUACGGACCCUCCGCCGGAGCUCCCUCACGACCGCCUUCGAGAACCAAUAAUCGAUCGCCGCUUGGAGCGCCCAGCAGUGCAGAGCAGUACGAAGAAGACUUGCAGCGGGCCCUGCGUGAGUCUCAAGUGGAAGCUGGCUAUAAUCCACAGGAAGCUGGCGUUACGGAUACGAGCGUGAGUGCCACAUACUUUGGACCGGCCAACAGGUCGGACUAUGACCAGAACAACUGGGCCAUGGUAACAACCGCAACAACUUCGAGCCAGGCGGUUGUCGACGGCGACCCGGCGCCCUCCGCAAGAAGGCGAGAAGAGGGUGCGCCUGCAUUCCUAGUCCAGAAGCCCAAUGCACGCAACUCGUCACAGCGAUUGGGUUCCGUGCUGACGAUCCUACACGAAAUCCCUCUUGCGCGCAACGUUCUUCUACAAGCCGGCCAACAAGCCGCCAGCUACGGUCACAACAGCGAAUGGUGGAAGGGCCAGCCGAUAUAUGCGCCCCACGUCCUCGCCGCCUUGCAGCAGGGCGAGCUUCAAUGGGCGGAAGACUCGAAGCCAGACUUUCAUGAAGAGAUCCACCGGUUGAUGGCCUUCCUGGACCUGACCGAGAGAAGCUAUGGAUCAAUCGAGACCAUGGCUGACUUGGUACCCAAAACCAACUUCAGCCCCGAGAGACAGUUCUACGAUACCCUUGACGAGACAACGGAUGCAGAAGUCCUCAAGCCUCUGACUCACGUUGCUUGUCCCUUGUCAUUGCAGACGCUCGAGCCGACUCAGGAGCCCACGCGCUUCGCGUUCCUCAACUUCGAGCUGACCAAAAGCCAAUAUGAACAAACCAAGACCCUCUACGAUGCCUGGAACUGGAUUGUGUGGCACGAGUCCAUGACGUGGGCGGAGCUCCAGCCGAACAUGGGCAUGGUUGUUCUCGACGACAUGGGCGAGGUUAUCACAGUCAACAUUGACGGUGAGGAUCCUCCUGAAAAACUGGAGAUACCCGAAGUCUGGUAUCCAGAGCGUUAUCUCGCAAGUCGGAAAGAGGAGGCGAGGGUUUGUCAAGAACACCUCGCCUGGGUCUCACGGGCUCUAUACGAAGCAAGGUCGAAGGAGUACGAGCUCACUAAGUGGAUCGACCCUAAGACAGAUAAGAUCCACGAUAAGGAGGAGAUGCUGGAAAAGACAAUCAAAGAAUACGAGAGCCACGUACAGUACCUGGACGGGCUGGGACGCUUUCGAGAAUUGCAAAAGCUCGACAACGAAGAUGAGAAGCAGUACAUGCGUCUAGAGGAUGUACCUUGCGUCAAAACAGAAGCCGAGGAAGAGCUGGCUAAGAGCUCCCAACAGGUAGUCGACAGAUGUGUAUGGGAGCUGUCUCAACUCAAGGAGACUAAGAAAAGACUUGAUUGGGAACGUGAGAGACUCCUCGAGCGGCAAAAGCUGGUCAGCAGUACUCUACUCACGGACCCCAACAAGCCGGGCUUGACCAAGCCGUUCACCAGCAAGAAGUACCUUCUCAGGGGAAUUGCUACGUCGCAGAACGUGACAUACGUCUGCAAGCGAGCUGAACCAACGCUGAUUGACUUUGAGGAGACAUCUACCCCGGUGGACCAGUGGUGGCGGCUGUCAUAUGAGCCGGGCAAUGCAAACCCUGCAAAGGCCGAGGUGAUGGAGAAGAUGCAUUGGGAGACGAAGGGUCCUCUCCUUGUUUACGCCACAGAAGACGCGAUAAAGACACCUGCAUCACCCCUUUCGGACGCCCUUCAAAGAUUUGCUCGUGCAGAAAAUAAAAACUUCAGACAGGAACUGAACAAAGAAAGCACAGAGGAAGACACCCAGCCGAGAAACGCAAACAUGUCGCCAAUCUCACCAUCAAAGAGGAAGUACCGCUCAGGCAGUGUCGAUUCCAUGGCUACCAACCGAGCGUCCUUGGGGAACAGCGACACCAACUCACGGGCAGGCGACUUUGAAAACGACCCCUUUAGCGAUGGGGACGGCACAAUGGACACUGAAAUGACGGACUUGGCAUCGAGACAAGGCGCUGCAGAGGCAUCAAGUGCAAGCAUGGCCGAGUUUAUGCACUCUGGCGAGAGGCAUGAGAUGGCGCGCACUCACACUACCAACCCACCUGGCCUUGGGCAACACGGGCUCUCAACCUCUACUCCCGCUGACGGCGCCGACGAUAUUAGUCGUACCGUGACGCCAGACAUUGAGGAGCAGCCCAAGGGCCCGGAGAUGCAAGAACGGAGUGGCAGUGAAGGCGGCUCGCCAUUCAUGGCCAGGCGUUCGAUAUAUGGCACGGCACACGACCCGAGAGAUGAGCAAAAGACGAUCAAGAUGAUGGACAUGGAGAUUCCCGACGAGCAUCAGUAA